GCGCUCCUUCCCUACAUCAUCUACUAUCACUCAUGAUUCCCCAAACAAGUCCGAUUAGGCUGAAAAAGCAAUUAUUGUGGCACAACAUUUUCCUUCCCUCCCCCCCUCCACACUAAAGAAAAGAAAAGGAAGGACUAAAAGGACAAGAGAGCAUGUGCCCUGUGAAAUUCAUUGGUGUCGGUUGUAUACACGUAUAAUGUGUGGUCCCUGCAGGCGGCGGGGCUGCAGUUUGCAUCACGCAAGCUUGCUGUGCAUGAAAAGCCACUUGCAUAUGCAUACUACGCUGAUCUCAACCUGCGAGGGCGCGGGAAGCCAGUGGAGUUCCGGCUUGUGCGUGCAACCGUCGACGGGACCGGGGUAACACGAUGAUUUUAUUCAUUUUACCUAUUUUUUCAAUUUUUUCAUUUGCUGGACGAGGGUAACAUCGGAAUGCUGGAGCUAGGGUGUGAGCCUUGCUUGCGCAGAGGGGAAUUAUGAGAAGCUCUGGGUUGGUCACCCCUUGCGUCGGUGGCUCUUUUGAUGGAGAAGUCAAGUGCUAAUUAUCAGGGUCAGGGUUCACAUUUAUCGUGAUGUUGAUGUUUCCGGGCAUGAAUUCUCAUGGAAGAGACAUCCUUAUUAUAUCUAUUCUAUAUCAUGCACCAACUGAUUCGUACCGUGCUGGUGUUCAUGCCUGUAUACCGUACGGGGGAGACAUUUAGGUAAGGGUAAUGACAUCAGGAAGAGGCAAUCGAUAAGUGGCUGAGUUUGACGAAGGAGGAAGGGGUGAAAAAAUUGGAGAUUCGCUCAUCCAAGCUUUUGACCGACGAGCGAACGAAAGACGGACGACCGCCACCGACGGAUGACAGACAAUUUCACAAAGGGGGAAAGCUUAUGAAGUACUAACAAAAAGGCUACCUUCAUUUUUCCCGGCUGUAGGACCGCAGCGGUGAUAAGAUGGGUCGAUUCAUUGCUAUGGCCUCACCGAUCGUGACCAAAUUGGCGGUCAACCUAAAAUUCUGGACAUGGGAAACUUUUCAAGGCUCUGGCUUCUUCAAUACCGGUACAUACCAAAAAGCUCCCUCCCCUCUGGCAAGUUGACCGACGGGCUUGCGUAGCAGUAUGUAUCGCCAAAAAGAAAUCGGAUCGAGAAAUACACGGGGUAUUGGGGGCCACUUUGGAAAGAGGGAAAAAAAAAGAAAAAAAGAAAAAAAGGGCACUCUGAACUUCCCUAUCUCGCUUACAACCAUGAAUGUUUCCCCAUCCGGAGAUCCAAGAGGAAGGGUUGAAAGGUUGACGAAAGGUUCCUUCUGCCAGCGCAUCGAUUUUUAUGGGCAGCCCACCACACUCAACAAAAAAGAAAAAAAAAAGAGGCAAAAAAGAAUUGACACAAGAAAAGAAAAGAGAAGAAGGAGAAAAAAAGAAAGCAAGGGCAAAAAGGAAAAAGACCACCGCUGAUGGUUUUUCAACCACCCUUUCAACUGCCAUAUGAUUGACUUGAGUGGUUAUCGACCAAUCAUCCAAGAAAAGGAAUCCUGAAACAAGCCCCAGCUUCCGUACUGCUGGUGUCAGCGCCCAUCCAUCUGGGUUUGGGGUUUGACCGAGCUCCGAAGGAAUUCAUUCAGUGGAAGAAAGUACCUACCGUGUCAUGCUUAACGGUGCUACAAAAGAUAUUCGACCACGGCGCCCCUCUCACCGCUUCUCCCUCCAUGCCCUCGUCCGGGUUGGCUGGAGCACCAAUUGUCCUCCUGGAGAGGAACAUGAGCGAGGUUGAAAAUCGAUGAGCUGCGGGCAUGCCUUGACUUGACAGCCUCCUUCUUCUCUUGGUCUCUUAGGCGGAUUGACGUUCCAGCCACGGUUAUCACGAGUUGAUCUUUCGUGAUGAGGUAGCCUUACCGCACGCGCGAGUGAUGAUUCGGAAAAAUUGCCGAAAUACGAAACGGACCUUCCCUCCACACCCCCUCGCAAGUGCUUCGAGUGCUGUACGAGUACCGUUAAUGGUUCCGGAAAAACCUGUUGACAUCUUGGUGGGCUAUGAUUCGACAGUAUCUCUCAGAUUUUAAAUUGUUGGCAAUACAUUUUUUUAUUUCAAUACCGGUAUUUUGGGGAAAUAAAUAGAAAAUUGGGGGAGUUUUCAGUGGGAUCAGAAAAUCAAGGUAUCGAAGUAUAAUUUUUAAUUUUGAUUUUCCCUCUUUCACCCUUUUCCCCUCUCUUUGUUUCUCUAAUUUUUCCCCCUUGCAGACGCGGGAACUUGCACCGUGUGCCAGCCUUCCCUCACCAUCCGAAUGACCUCCAUGACCUUUCUCUAAUUUUCGCUGGUGGUGGUGGUGGUGGCCCACCAAUACCACCAUUGCUACCACCACCACCAGCGCCCAGAUCUCCUUAGUAGCAAAGGAAUCGAACGUGUCAAAGAAGCGCGUGUACGCCGGAAAUGGAGAAGGGAGGGAGGAAGGGAGGAAGGGGCGGGGUGGAGCAGAUGAUCAAUGUAUCCGCUUCGUCUCCCAAUAAUCGGCAAGUAUCUACGACCCAUCUCAGUGACAUGAUGAGUUCGUGAUAUUUCAUAGAACCUGCACUAAACACGUUUCCCUCCUGCCUUGCCCUUGCUUUUCAACUUUUCGCGCUUCUGGGUUGGGCAGAGUCUCAAAUGUAGGGUACUGUAUCUAUAUUGUACAAGUAUGUAUGGAGAGCGCUUUCUCUCUUUUCGAGAAAUAACCACUGCAUCGUAUGUAUUGUAUCGUGCUGCUACGAGUAGUGUAGCGUAGGCAAGCAGGGCAGUGCCGAAUCGUGCAAUACCGGUAGCACCGGUAGUAGUAUGACGGUACCGGUGAGUGAGUGAUAGUAGAAGAAGGAGGAGCAUGAUUUGGCACUCGUUCUUUUUCUCGCUCGAUCCUUUUUUUCUUUUUUUCUCCUCACUUUUUUUUCGGUUGC